CUGACAGCAGUCAAAAUGAUUAUCAGCUGAGUUUUAUAACCUCUUUCUCGAACUUCUUAGAGAAAUAUUUUUAUUCCACAAAAUGUUUUGAAUUAAAAACGCUUGCAAUCAAACUUUAAAGUGUUUUAUAAGCGAAAUUUUUGGAAGUAUUCGUACACUAAAACAAUGUCACUUGCAAGAAUUUUCUUCUCCAGGCGGCUAUUUACAGCUGAAAACUUCUACAUACUCCGUAAGUUUAGUUCGCAAAAUGCUUUGAAUUUAUCAGAACCGGCCGUUCAGGUGUACUUGAAGCAAUUGAUGCUCGAACAUGAACACUUGUGCCUUAAUAUGAAAAGGACUGCUGAAGAAAACAGGCGUUUAUUUCAAAUAAAACCAAUCGUAAAUGUACUGGAACAGCGAGUUACGUUAUACGACAACAUUGAGACGCUUAAAGAACUCAAUAAGAAACCACAUCAUGAUGACGAAAUGAAAAAGAUGAUAAAAGAAGAAGCUGAAAUAUACUUGAAGCGUAUUACGGAAGUAGACGAGGAGUUACAGUCAGCUCUGCUCGAGCCCCAGCUCACAGAUGGCGGCGUGCUGCUAGAGGUCACGGCUGGCGCUGGUGGGCAGGAAGCCAUGCUGUUCGCGCGCGAAUUGUUCGAUAUGUACGAAUUAUAUGCCAAGCACAAAAACUGGCAAGUUUGUCUUGUUUCUCUUGAGAAGUCAGAUAUUGGUGGCAUUAGAAAGGCUUCAAUGUUUAUUGAUGGUGUAGGAGUGCCAGAACUAAUGAAGAUGGAGGCCGGUGUGCACCGUGUACAGAGAAUUCCUGCUACUGAGAAGGGUGGACGCAUACACACAAGUACAGUAUCCGUGGCUGUUUUGCCUAAACCUACUGAUAUUGAGGCGAACAUCUCUGACCGUGACCUUGUCAUUGAAACUAAAAGGGCAAGUGGUGCUGGGGGUCAGCAUGUGAACACUACAGACAGUGCUGUCCGCAUCACUCACACUCCAACUGGAACAGUGGUUGAAUGUCAAGAAGGUAGAUCACAAAUAAAGAAUAAAGAGAUUGCCAUACAAAAGUUGAGGACCCUUUUAUUGGAGAAACAACAACAAGAACAACAAUCUAAAAUCAACAGUGAAAGGAAAUCACAGGUUGGAUCGAGUAAUAGGAAUGAGAAAAUUAGAACAUACAAUUAUCCCCAAGAUAGAGUUACAGAGCACCGGGAGGGAGGUGGCACCUUUCACAAUCUAAAGGGAUUCAUGGAAGGUGAUGGGCAACUGGAAGAGUUACAGCAUAGCCUCCUCCGAGCCCAUAAACAUCAGACACUCUUAGAAGAAAUCAAAAAAUUUGCCAAGUACACAAAUAUGAAAACAGUUGAUAAUAACUAACCAAAUCAAGUAAGAUACAGCUAUGUAUUAAUAUUUAUUAUUAUAGUAAAGUGUAAAUUUUGUCAAAUAUUCAAGAUUAAAUUGUUGUAAAAAUGGG